UGGUGCGCUCCGCUUGAUCACGUGAGCCGGUUCCAAGAUGGCGGCAGGGGUGGCCGGGUGGGGGGUUGAGGCAGAGGAGUUCGAGGAUGCGCCUGAUGUGGAGCCGCUGGAGCCCACGCUUAGCAACAUCAUCGAGCAGCGCAGCCUUAAGUGGAUCUUCGUCGGGGGCAAGGGUGGCGUUGGCAAGACCACCUGCAGCUGCAGCCUAGCAGUCCAGCUGUCCAAGGGGCGGGAGAGUGUUCUGAUCAUUUCCACGGACCCAGCCCACAACAUCUCUGAUGCAUUUGACCAGAAGUUCUCCAAGGUGCCUACCAAGGUUAAAGGCUAUGACAACCUCUUCGCCAUGGAGAUUGACCCCAGCCUUGGCGUGGCUGAACUGCCUGACGAGUUCUUCGAGGAGGACAACAUGCUCAGCAUGGGCAAGAAGAUGAUGCAGGAGGCCAUGAGCGCCUUCCCCGGCAUUGAUGAGGCCAUGAGCUACGCAGAGGUCAUGAGGCUGGUGAAGGGCAUGAACUUCUCGGUGGUGGUGUUUGACACGGCGCCCACAGGCCACACGCUGAGGCUGCUCAACUUCCCCACCAUCGUGGAGCGGGGCCUAGGCCGCCUCAUGCAGAUCAAGAACCAGAUCAGCCCCUUCAUCUCACAGAUGUGCAACAUGCUGGGCCUAGGGGACAUGAACGCAGACCAGCUGGCCUCCAAGCUGGAAGAGACGCUGCCUGUCAUCCGCUCCGUCAGCGAACAGUUCAAGGACCCUGAACAGACAACGUUCAUCUGCGUGUGCAUUGCUGAGUUCCUGUCCCUGUACGAGACGGAGCGGCUGAUUCAGGAGCUGGCCAAAUGCAAGAUCGAUACCCACAACAUCAUCGUCAACCAACUCGUCUUCCCUGACCCCGAGAAGCCCUGCAAGAUGUGUGAGGCCCGCCACAAGAUUCAGGCCAAGUACCUGGACCAGAUGGAGGACCUGUAUGAAGACUUCCACAUUGUGAAGCUGCCGCUGCUGCCCCACGAGGUGAGGGGGGCAGACAAGGUCAACACCUUCUCUGCCCUCCUCUUGGAGCCCUACAAGCCCCCCAGUGCCCAGUAGCACUGCUGCCAGCCCCAGUCGCUACCAUUUCACACCCACCCUCCAUCCCCCCCCCGGGGGGGGGCAGAGUUUGCACAAAGUCCCCCCCCAUAGUAUAGGGGGAGCCACUUGGGGGGCGGGGGGCGGGGAGGAGGUCUGUUCCCCCUGGUGGGGCUGAGGGGGCUAUAGCUGCCCCCACCUCUCCCUGCCUCUCGCCCCUCAAUAAAAUGAUCUUAAACCAC